UAGUGAAACUUGUGGUUUGUGUUUCAUUAUUUGAGGCAAAAUAUUUGAAGUGUAAAUAUAUCCAGUUCAUCAAAAUGAGCGGUUUAGACUUUAGCUCAUGUGGGUUUAUCUUCAAAAGCUUACUAAUCAUGCUUCAUCUUCAUCAUUUGAUAAUGUGAUUUUCAGAGAAAUAAAGAAGCUUUCUUAGAUAUUUGCAAAUAAAGUUGGAAUGAAUAUACUAAAAACCUCUUUGAUUGAAGAGAGAACCAGUAAGCUUUGAUAUUCUCUUGCAGUUCUAGUCAAGUUCAUCACUUUGGUUCUUGGUCUUGGGCUCUUUUCAGUGAAGAUCGAGGCUUUUCAGUGGAAAAAGUUGCUAUUUACAAGUAAGUUUGUUUUUGGCUAAGUUUGAUUGUCUUGAGUAGUUUGCUAAGUUGUUUACUAGUGAGAUUUUGAGUAAAGAUGAAAUCUUUGAGUGGUGUCGGAGUUGGGUUGAGUGUUAUUUUUGGUUGCCUUGUGUUGGCUUUAGUUGCUGAGCUUUACUAUUUGCUAUGGUGGAAGAAGAGGCUCACUGGUAGAGAGAUAGAAAAUGAUUAUAGCAACCCGGCAAGAGAAUUUUUAUCCAUGUUUUGUUGGAGAAAGCCAUCUAACUCUCUGAGACAUUCAGCUUUGAAUCCCCAAGAACGAGAAGUGUGUUCUUCUCUGAGAAUUAAUGAUACCCUUGUUCAAGAACCUUACUCAAAUAACAAUGAUUUCUUGCUUAAGCCUUUUGGCGAUGAUAAUAUAGAUACAGACCUUAUGAGGCUGCACAAUCUUUCAGGGCCACCAAGAUUUCUCUUCACAAUUAUUGAAGAAACAAAGGAGGAUCUUGAAUCUGAAGAUGGCAAGUCUAUAAGUGAUAACAAGAGCAGAAAAUGUUCAAGAAAUAGAAGCUUAAGUGAUUUACUUCUCACAGUGGAGACUCCAUAUUUAACCCCUCUUGCUUCUCCAUCACUUUUCACUCCACCACUUACUCCUAUGAACUCUUCCUACUACCAACAUGGAUUCAACCCUCUCUUUGAAUCAUCCACAGAUUUUGAGUUCAAUAAGAUAAGGUCAUCCCCUCCUCCAAAGUUCAAGUUUUUGCAAGAUGCUGAGGAGAAACUUUACAGAAGGAAAAUAUUAGAAUCUGAGAAGAAGGCUCAUAAGACUGAAGGGUCAGUUCAAGAAAAUGGAACCAAAUCUCCUAGUUCAAAUUUUCUCAAAGAUGAGGAAGAUGGAUCCUUCAUCACAAUCAUUGUUGAUAGAAACAAAGAAAGAGAGCUCAAUAAUCAUCAUUGUAAUCAACUUUCUCAGUUUCAUUCAAGCUCUUCACAGGUACUUCCACUUGCAUCUUCGCCUACAACAUUUAGAUCAUCAGCAGCCAAGAAGAAUUGAUUCCGUUUGAGUUUUACAUAUUUUCUUUAGGGAUUGUUUGGGGAUGAAUUUAUAGAUUAAUCUAAAUCAUCUACAAAGCCCUUGUAAAAUGUAUCUUGUAGUAUUUAUUUUUAAUUUUUAUCUUGAAUUAGAGGAGACAACAUUCUCUGCAACAUGGUGUUGAGAGUGUGUGGUCUAGUGAAAGUAAAAGUGGAGGACCUGUGGGGUUAUUUGUUGUAUUCAAUCUCCAUGUCUCCUGAGCUGUCUGAGACCUGUAAUCAUUCUUGUGAGUGAUGGUACCACUGAUUUCUUGUCCA